UAUUUUUAUAUUAUACCCAUAUACUGAGAGAAAAUGACUCGUCUAUUAUGGGAAGUAUUUUGUGCGAACGAGUAAUGAUUCGUAGAACGAAAGAAAAUGGAAGAAAGGAUACAGCAGCUCUCUUUUUAUGUACGCUCUCCAAAACUUCUUUCUUAUCACGGGUCUGUCGGUGUGAACGAUGCCUAACAACGUAUCGUUAUCACGCCGGGCGCACGAAUAGACGAGCGGCGGGAGUAGACGAGGGGAACGAUUGGUCGUCUCCGCGUGGGGGUAAGCGCUGAUUGGUUACCGAGAGUGGGGGUAGCGCUCGUCGAACAGUUCACGUCCGACUGCCGUGAGUUGCGGUCUCGCCAGUACGUUCUACUCCCUUUUUCUCUCUCUCUCUCUCUCUCUCUCGCUCGCACUUCCCUCUCAUCUCUUCAUUCUUACUCUCUCGCGGGUAGAACCGCGUGAUAUUCACCAGCUGGACAAUUCGCGGAUAUCCGCGCGCUCAAGUGCGUAAUAAUGUAUCGCCGUGUCGUUGCGUAAUUCUGUUGCGUGAAAAACGCGUGGUCUUCGUAGCGCGCGCGCUACGCGACCGUGCGUCCUCUCUUGCCUGCGACGUUACGACCGGCAAGUAGUAAACAGGUGACGCCUACGAACGGAGCGGAAUAGUAACAGUGGCGGCGCGCGGCAGCGGCGGCGGCGACGACGGCGGCGGCGCGCGGCGUCGCACCGGCAGCAGUUGACCUUUCAAAACGCAUAGUGCGUCGCGCGCAAAUUGCGCGAAAUAGCAGCGGCAGCUGAUCGACGGUGUUUGGAAUAAAUCACCGCUCCGCAUUACGGUGGACAUCGUUCGGUAUAUUGUGUCAAGGCCAUCGGCGGCGGUGGCGGCGAGUUCGCGCCUCAUGUCACUACGUAUAACGCAUUUCUCUGCGCAAUAUCAGAAGAAGGAUAGACGGAGGGAGAAAAAGAGAAAUCGCGCCUUCGAUUUCUAUGUCGCGAUCAUUGAACGAUUAAACAAUCGCGUUCCUCCAAGACGUGCUGCUUCUAAUCUGUAAGAGCGGAUAUCAAGGCCGGUGUCAACUUCCGGCGAGCAUUUUACAAGCGGCGGGAAGUGUCGCGACAUAGCAGCUCCUCAAUUGCAACGAUCUCGCGCGCACACGCUUGCGCGCGUUCGUCGAAUCGUCAUCCGCUCGCGGAAACUUGGUUGGGUCUGAUAAAAAUCGCACGUAGAUGCUCGUGACAAUCUAGUCUCUGCUUGACAAGUUUCAAUAAAACGACACACUUGUGCACGAAAUCUACAGGGAGUCGAGUUUAUAUGUCGAGGAACGCCGAUGUUUGUCGAUAAAGACGCGGAACGAUAUAUCGCGAUAUAGCGGAGUAACCCGCGGGAAUAACGAAACGUUCAGCGCCGCCGGUCGCCGCUUCACAUCGAUCAAUCGAUCAAGCUCUGGCGACUUCGUCUAACAUUCACCAGAUAGAGGCAAGGCAAGGAUUAUCGACGCGCGCGAAUAAGUUAUCGAGCGACCGCAAUUAAUCACCGGCUAACCGGCUAAUUUUAAUUCGGCCGGCAAACAAGCCGUCGCCGUCGCCGUCGCCGUUGCGAGAUAAGACGACGGGCCACCGACGACGACGUGUCUUCGGAUGCUGCCUGCUGUUGUCCAGUGCAACGAGUGACGCCCGCGGAGACACCUGCUGCGAACUACGACCUAUGCCUACCGGUGCAAACGAGUGAUUAUUGAGUAAAACUGCGGAUAAAGAUAAGUCGCAAUAUCAACCAGUCAUUGUUACAUAAAAAUUGCAAGAUAAUAAUAUCGGCGGGUAAACAAUGGCGAAUUGAAAAGAUUACUACUUGGAAUGGCAAACGAUUACUCGAUCGGCGAACGUACUUUGUACGAGCAGGCGUAUAAAGACACUCUUUUUGUCUUUUAAAAGAUAUACAUACAUGUCAAUAAAUGCACCUCGAAAUGUACAACAUGCAUCAGCAAGCCAGAGUGUGUGGUACGUCAAAUAUGUGGUACGAGCAGCAAGGAACUCUCCUUCCAGGGAUCGGCACAGUCGAACCCCCGCUGUAUCAGUCGCAACAAAAAAAUCUCCAGCCAAGAAUUAGAUCGGUCGAACCCUCGCUGUAUCAUCAUCAGUUGCAGCAACAAACUCAGUUGCAGCAAUCAAGGAUCGGCAUGGACGAAUCCUCGCUGUAUCAGUCGCAGCCAGAAACUCUCCAGCCAAGGAUUGGAUCGGUCGAACCCUCGCUGUAUCAUCAGUUGCAGCAACAAACUCAGUUGCAGCAACAAGCUCAGUUGCAGCAGCAAGCUCAGUUGCAGCAGCAAGCUCAGUUGCAGCAGCAAGCUCAGUUGCAGCAGCAAGCUCAGUUGCAGCAGCAAGCUCAGUUGCAGCAACCAGGAAUCGGUAUGGAUGAAUCCUCGCUGUAUCAGUCGCAGCAAGAAACUGUCCAUCCAGGGAUCAGUACAGAUAAACCCUCGCUAUAUCAGUCGCAGCAACAAAAUCCACAGCCAGGGACGAGUAAAUGCACAUCGUCAAGCAAUAGUUCACGUACGGCGCGGAAUUUGGCAGAAAAGCAACGCCGUGACAUUAUCAACGGACAUAUAGCAAAGAUGGCAUCUCUUGUGCCGAUGAUUGCUAACAGUUCGAGAAAAAUGGACAAAAUAUCUAUCCUGAGAUUAACUGGGGCCCACCUGAGGUCACGUUACACACUCGGAGAUCGCAGCAACAGUAUCCGUCCCCCGAUGUUGAGUCCUGAAUUUGAUCUGGAGCAAUUUCUUCUCAACAGCGUGGUCGACGGCAAAAAUUUCUUCUUCGUAGUCACCACAGCAGGAAAAAUCGUCUAUAUCAGUCGACAAGCGGAGCAAUAUAUCGGUGACCAGAUCGAUUUGCUGGGUCAGUCCAUGUAUGAUUACGUUCAUCCCAACGAUCGUAACGAUCUCAUGCGUAAUCUCACGCCCGAGGGGAUGCAGCCGAUGUCGGCACCGUCGCCGAGGAGCAUCACGUCCGAGUUGACGCACGACAACAAUUCCAACUCCUCCGAGGAUUCCUCGACGACGAAUUCUCGGAAAAACGAGGGGAUUAAAAAUUUUCAGGAGCAGAGGCGCUACUUUACGAUUCGCAUAGCGCAACGUCUCAAAAAUACGAGAAACCCCAAGCGCGACGAUCCACCGACGCGGUACGAGUGCUUCGACAUUUCGGGUCUUUUUAAGCUCGCAGAAGCCUGCAAAAACAUGGACCUUAAAGGGAGAGAGAGAAGAAGCACCAGCAACGACAUCAUUUUCGCCGCCGUAGCAACCCCGUCGAGGAAGCGGCCUAUCACUCAAUUGUCAAUACUGAACGCCACUAAAGACGAGUACAUGACGCGGCAUCUGGUCGACGGGCGUAUCAUUUAUUGCGAUCACAGGGUGUCGUUCGUUGCCGGAUACCUGUCGGAAGAGGUAUCGGGCUUGAACGCAUUUGCUUUCAUGCACAAGGAUGAUUUCAGGUGGACGAUGAUCGGCCUACGGCAAAUGUACGACCAUGGGGAAGCGUUUGGCUCAUCGUGCUACAGGUUACUUACGAAGACCAAUGACUUCAUCUACUUACGAACAGCCGGUUAUUUGGAAUUUGACGAAAAGACGCAAACGGUGGAGUCCUUACUUUGUGUCAACACUCUAGUGUCGGAAGAGGAGGGUAUCCGACUGAUAAAAGAGAUGAAAGAACGGUUCUCUGCGACCUUGUCCUCAACUAGCAGAAAUCUGAUUCGGCCUGUCGAUAUUAACGCCUCGAUUGAACUGCCCCAAAACUCCCAGUCACCGGACGAACCCGAAGGCUGCCGCAGUCUCACCGAAGAACCAGAGCAGCUUGAGAAAGCUGUCAACCAUUUAAUCAGUAAUCUACCUUCGCCGAUAUCGGAGGACAGUUUCUCUCUCUCGCCGCAUCUACGAUAUUGUUUGUCCCCGAUUGCCGCACAAGCUAACAAAAUUGGUGUUGAUAAGAUCGACCGCUGCACCAUUACUCAAGACAAAGGCAAAGUAACUCAGAAACAGAAGCCCAAACAUACGAUCGGAAAAUCGAUUAAUUCCAAUAAUACAGAGCAAAGCCCAAUAUCGGAUUCAGAAAGUGCGACCGGUAAACCUUUGUCAAUGAUGGAAAUGAAUGCUGCCCAGAACAACCACUGCAAUGUCCAGAACACCGAUGUACUGUCUGUAUCUGUACCUGUACAAUCGAAAAUUCUUGUCGAUCAAAAACCUGGUACAAGCUCCUGCGCGCCUCAUAAUCAUACAUCAUGUUUGGACGUUUCUCAAAACGUGAACGUCUUGAACGCUCAGGAAAGCAUGGAUCAAUGUAAUGUGGAUAUGUUGUCGCCGGGCGCUCUGAAUGAAAGCACUACACCUAACAUCAAGAUGGAACGUUCAAUUGUCAUUGAGGAAACGUUCAAUUGUCCGGAAAAGCAGGAACCAAUGUUGCAAUACUUUGAUGACAACCCGAGCAGCAGUGGCGGCAAUUCCAUCGUCUCAUCGGGGAUCGAGAUGCACGAUCGAUGUCCAUUGAAGAGAAUACGUAGCGAUGAAAAUCUAACGAUGUAUAAUAAAAAGAAAUCCAACGAUGUGUAUGCAUCGACAAAUACGAACAACGAACAGCAGCAUGCUUCCUAUUUGAAAUGUAAAUCUUUCACAACUGAAUAUCCGACAUCAACAUUUUCGUUCAAUCAGUACAAUGACGUCAAUUCACAAUCGAUGACGAUCGUGGAGUCGCAUGAAGUCAAAAUCGAUUAUCAACAGUUGGUAGAUCCCGUCGUGCCGCUGGCCACAAAUCACGAUAAGGAGUUUAUCGAGUUGCAAGAUAUGACGGGAGAUACAUUGCUAAGUUCGGAGCUGGAUGCAAAUCCAGAGAUUAUGAGGAAAAUAUUAGACAGUCUGUGUAAUGGAUCUACAAGUUUCGAAAAUGUUAACGAACUAAACCUACAGCAAGUAACACCUAAUGAUCCAAUGAUCAAUAAUGAAUUAAAUCACACACAUUACGAGUUAGCAGACAACAUGGCAUUGAGGGAGUCCAAAAUCAAUGUAUUGGUGCAUGAUCUCCAAACCCCAGCUUUCCAUGGCCAAAGAGAAGUUAGUUGUUCCUUUUCACAGAUACAGGCCGAGCAUAAUAGACAGAAACAAAUACUUAAAACUUUACAAAAGGAUCAUAAAAUUUAUACACAUAAAGUACGAGUGAAAAAACUUGGAAUCUGAGAAACUGAAUGGACCCCCCAGUUACUUCACGAAAGCCGCUUUUAAGAAUGCGAACUUAAUACAUCCCGAAAUUGUUUUAAUUAAUAAGAAAUAAGUUUUAAAAAUGAUCCUUUCCACGAAGAAUUAGAACAAGGUUUUUGGCAUUCGUGCACGCGCAAUUGGCAUAAUACUUCUCGAUUUGUGUAUUAUAUUGUGAUUUCUGGUAUCGUGUUCUAAGAUUACACCGUUUCAGAAUUAUCGAUAUCAUCAAGAUUUUGUGACAAAGAUCUGGGUAGUCAUUAUUAGUGUUGCAAUGAACAGAGAUUUGCAUCAGUGCGGGCGCUGUCUAUAAAACCGCUCAGCUCACGAAGAAGCAAAAGCAUUGCUUAAGUUUACUGGAAGUGAUUUUUCUAUUACUAAAGCAAUUUGUGUGUUUGCUUCGAUCUGCGAUUCCCUCGAUUAGUAGAAAAAGAACGAAUGAAAACAAGCAUUGAAAAAGAAGAAUUUGCUCAAUCAAGUGAUUGAUGCAUAUGAAUGAUUCUUUUUCUUGACUCAACUCUAUGGGAUUAAGGAUUUCAUUGUGCGCUGUCAAAGGUCGCGCGUUUCGCUCACUAACUAAUCGCAAAAAUCGUACCUAAAAACCGCAUUGUAUACUGUUAUUUAAAACGUUGAUACAUGAUAAAUAACAGUCGCUAUUCAGGUAUAUUUCCUGCAGCGAUCGAGUGUUAUGCAGUUGGCAAUUUUCAAAUUUUACGGUGUAGUGAACUUGUAUAUAUGAUUCGAUUUUAAUGUAGCACGGGCCGCGUGCGGCACUUUUCUCGUGCUAACUUGCUCGUCGCAAAUCGGGUCGAGCUUGAAUGCCUACCUCUGCGAUUACGUAUUUGUAUCGGAUGGAUACGAAACCAGUCUUACUUAUUUCUUUAUUAAAUAUUCUAUUGGUUACAAUUAUGAACUUGUAAUACUAAAUGUUAAUAUAUAAUACUCAUAGUGCUGACAUCUUUUUAUAAUGAUAAAACGUUACUAAAAAUGUAAAAAGACAAUGUGGUAAGUUUAACGAAUGAUGUUUUAACUUGUUGCGUCUCGUGUGUAAACUUUAUUGCGUAUUUAUAUGAAAGAAAAUAUUAAAUUUAGCGAUAUGUCUGUAGGGUUACCACACCAGAUUUCUUCCACUUUUGUUGGAGCAGUUUUACAACUACACGUACCUGAAUUUUAUUUGCGUUUAAAUGUUCUGUAAUGUUUUGAAAUUGAAAGUCAAAUUAUUAAAAAAUGAAAACAAAUAUAUAAUUAGUCAUUAAAAAUAAAUCUAACUUUUUAUUUGGUUAUCCCUUUUUUUAUGUCGCCUGCUUUAUGCAUCUGGUUUCAUUUUCUACUUUCAAUAUUUUUAAAAUAUGGUAACCCUAAAUAUAUCUCUAAAUUUUAUUAAGUUUUCGUGAGUGCAAUACAAAACCUCUGAAAAUAUAUUUUAAUUUUGCAACAUAUAGAAACAUCAAACAAAAUAAUAAAAAAAGUGUAAAUUAUACAUUUAAAAUGACUCGUAUUAUUAUUGAAUCAAAUUUCUUAUAAAAACGAAUUGAUUUAUAUAAAAGAGUUUUACUGUAUGCAAAGUUUUAAUGCGUUUAUUUUUAAUAAUUUGCUUAAAUAACUUUUUAUGUCCCACUGGCCUUGCUAUCCAUCCAAUAUCAUGUUACUACGCAAAUAUACAUAUUAAUAACCGAUAUUUUUAUUUCAACGUUGAUUAAUCUCCGCAUUAAUGAAUAAUUGUGUGGAAGUUGGCACGAUUGACAUAUAUGUGUGUGUGUCAAUUAUAGAAUACAUAUUAGCCAAUCGUUGCCAGCGAUUAUUUAUGAUAAUGCGGAUCAGCGAUUAUAAACGUACUGUAUAUCGUCAGUGUUUAAAGUAUAAAAGAUAUUAAUAUAAGAGAGUAACGGAAAUUGUACACUUGUCAACAUAUUCAGCACUGGCACUUAACAGAUCUACAAAUUUAUUUGAAUCCUACAUGUACAGAUAAUGUAAAGGCUGGUCCUGUAAAUAAAGAUGUUAAACAUGAUCUCAGAUUGACAACUGUUCUAAGUGUUUCUUUUCUUCGAACAAGAAUUACUCAUUGAGUAUCUAGAAUGUGAAUGUAUAUCUGUUACUUGCAGUCAUGUGCUGUUCUCUUCAUGUAUUAGGUUGAUAAAAUUCAUUUUUUCUACUGUUACACUAAAGACGAACACGAAUGUUUUGACUAACUUAAUACGUAUAAAUUUUUCAUGUUGAGUUCUGUUAUCGUAUGUCUAUUAUCUUCAUAUAUAAUAUAUAUGAAUAUAUCUUCAUAUGUAAUAUAUAAGUUUUUCAUGCUCCUGCGUUCUGUUAUUGCGUACCUACCUGUGGGACUUGGAAUUUCAUUGUCAUUUGUAAAAAAUAUAAUGUAACAACAUAUAUAUACAUACAUAUAUAUACAUAUAUACGCACAUUAUGUUUAUUGUAAAAAGUUUCGUUAACUCGUUUUUAAUGUUACAUUGGUGUCGAAAUGAGGAAAUUAAGGUCAGUAAAGGCCUCUAUAUAAUUACAAUCGUUACAUGUGUAUAAUGCCAGAAUUGUGAAGUUUAGAGCAGCCUAUUCUCUCUAUUGGCUAUUUAUUGGUGGAAGAACUUGACUAUCCUCACAUACCGAUUACUCGUCAUCGAUAACAACCUACGUUUUAUGCGGAAAUCCACCGCUGAAAAAAAGGAGUAUUUAAUCCUGUAUGUAUGAAAUUCGCAUAAUUAAUGACCGUGCAUAAACCGAGUAUCAAGACGGCACAAGAUGCUAUUGAUACCCGAAUUUCUCUUGCGGUCUUGUAGUACAAAGGACAAAUUUAAACUGUCUGUGUUCAGUGUAUCUCAUCCUUUUCUCUCGAUCUUUCCAACUAACUCUUCAUACUGUCAUUAUUUGUAUCGGUGAUAACUGGUAUUAAUGCGUUGGCUUUGAACAUGUCAGCUUGGUUGUAAGCAUACAAGAUGGGGCGUUUAAAACAAAAUCUGUUUAAAUAUAUUUAUCAAUUACGUAUGAACUUACAAAAAAGUAUAAUAGAAAUUGAUCAAUUUAAAGAUAACUUUUUAUUAUUUUUUCGUAUGUUUACAAUAUUUCUAUUUGAAAUUGUUUAUGAGGAAUACCGUUCAAAAGAAAUUAUUGUUGACAAAAAGUUGUUGAUAAAAAUUGAAUAUCAGAGUCAUUAAUUUUUAUAAAAAAAUGCGUCAUUAUUUGCGAUAAGUUAUGAAAAGGCAACCAAGCUUUACAUUUGUACGACAUAUUGUGCAUUGUAGUCAUAAAAGAAUUCAUCCAGUCAUUGUUACAAAACGGAGUAGAGGCAUCUAAACUUUCCGGGAUGGGAUUAUGUGCAUAAAUUAUGUAUGCAGAAAAUUAGAUUACUUGUAUUACAGUCACACAUGUUAAAAGGUAUUGUUAAAGCAGGAAUUGAGAAAAAAAUGAAUAGAUCCUCUGAACUCCUUUCUUAAGGUAACUAAGAGAGAUAUAUAAAACGAACGGCUGCUCGAUAUUUAUUGGAAAGAAGUGGAUACCAAUGCAACACAGACGGCUCUAUGGUUCAUUAUACGCUAAGAUAAAGUUCAACUUUAUAUACUGCUGUAAAUAUAUAUAUAUUACGUUAUAUUAUAUUUUAUACUCUGCUGAUUGCACAUAAGUGGCUUUUCGAUUUCUUUCUGUAAGAAGCGAGAGCAAAGACGAUUAAGUGUGGUUGUGUACUUUCCUCUCAUUUAUGCCUCCAUACAUAUAUACAUAUAUUAAAUACAGAAUAUGACACGCGUUAAUUUAGUGCCAUUUAAAUCUUCGUAGGAUCAGUUUGAUAAUCCGACUAUUAUUAUUAUUUUUUAAAAACACAAGAAUUUUGAAGAUUUUUAAUUGGGGUGAGAGGUAUUUCUCUCUCCCCCCCCCUCUCUCUCUCUCUCUCUUUUUCUCUCGUAAUCAACAAUGUUAUAAAUUACAUCGAGAGAAUCAAAUGUGCUUUUCUACUUUCUUAAUUUAGACUAGUUUGCAACGAAACUUGUGUCGAGGCAGGAUAUGAAAGAUGUAAAUUGUUCGGUUAUUCGCUCGAUUACAAAGAUGAGUUUGAUAUCAUAUUGCAAAUGCCAGUAAUCAUACUUGCGUUAGGUAUACCGACGCGAGGAUUAAUUAUAAAUUUUCACGACAAUGUGUAUGGCUCAUUGAAUAUUGUUCACACAAUAAUAAACAACACAAUAAAUUGCGUUUUUUGUAAGAUAA